AAUAAAAGCCAAGUCAAACACCCCCUUAAUUUCGAAGGUGUUCUUCAACACUAUCACGGAUUACUCUUCUUUAUACGUCGAUGCUGAUUAUAAUUAAAGGUGUUCUUCAACAUUACCCACCCGUUUUGUUCUACGCCUUCGCCAAUACAGGAAGAAGAAAACCACAAUUGGUACUGCUGGACCAUGGUCUAUACACGCAACUUAACAUUUCCACUUGGACCAACUAUGUUGCCCUCUGGAAGGAUUUAGUAUUGGCUGAUACCAAGGGAAUUAAGGAAAAUUGCAUGAAAUUUGGCGCAGGAGAGGAUCUGUAUGCAUUAUUUGCAGGGAUUCUUACAAUGAGACCUUGGAAUAGAGUUAUUGAUCCUGCUGUUGAUCAUCUUGCUAUACAAGGCAACACCAGUAAUCAUACCCAUACUAAUUCGAGGAAUUCAAUAAAUUAACCAACUUUAUGUACAUUGAUACGGAUAUAUAUAUUUUUUGUUUAUCUGGACAGAGUAUAUAUAUGUUUUGAGUUGUGAAAUGUCACUUCAGUUGUGGUCCAUGUUCAUCAUACUAUUCUUGUUUGUCAUUAGAUCAGUAUAAGCAUAAAAUCCCCCUUUAAAUUA